AUGGAUCUGGACAGCCUGGCGAUGAAUGAAAUCCGUCCAUCUGUAUACAGAGCGGCCGUUAAGCUCCAGACUCUGCAGAGGCUCUGCCACAUGGACGUUGUGUUUGUGCGACAUGUGGCGGCGGCGCCGCCGCGCUCGGUGGGUGGAGCCAUGAGUCGGGAGGAAGUGACGCGUGCGCUGGACAGGAUGUUUCACAGCGUCUCGCAGGAAGUGCCGGGCCAAGCGGCGACUCCAGAGGAAGCCACCAGCCUGAUGUUCACCAUCUUCGACCGUGGUCGUAGCGGCCGUGUUGCCGUUCGCUCUCUUCACGCUGCUCUGAUCGCUCUGUGCGCCGACACCUUGCAGGCGAAGUUCACAGGCCUGCUGGACGUGUUGGACGACAAGUCAGGAUCCGUGAGCCGCUCAGGGCUCAGGUCGCUGCUGCAGGACCUCAGCCAGAUUCCGGCGGCCGUACAGGAGGAGGGGGCGUUCGGUGGCGUGGAGGCGGCGGUCAAGUCGUGCUUCGACGGGGCGCUGACCCCGGCCGUGAGUCGACGGCACGUGUUGUCGUGGCUGCAGACCGAGCCGCGGCUGUUGCUAUGGUUACCGACUCUGUACCGGUUGUCCGUCAGCCGCGAUGUGACACACAACGUGCGCUGCCACACCUGUAGGACCUCCCCCAUCACGGGGCUCAGGUUUCGGUGUUUAAAGUGUUUGAACGUUCACGUGUGUCAGAGCUGCUUCCUCAGCCUCCGACAGACCAGGAAGCACAAGCGCGGACACCCGGUGCUGGAGUUGUGCACGCAGCCCACCUGGAGGGAAUCCCUCAGCUCCUUACUGCACAGCACUCGCCGUGUGCUGUUGCCGCGGCGAUACACCCAGAGAGACUCUGUGAGGAAGAGGGUGGUCGUGUGGGCGGAGCCAGAGGAUGCUGGGAACAGUGCCCCGCCCCCUCUUGACGCCCUGACGGGAUUGGCCGACUCGGUUCCCGGCCCCUCCCCUGAAGAAGACGGAUCCGGCGAUGGCUCGGCGCCUCCUUCUCCUCCGAGGACAGAUGAUUCCUCAGAGCAGGUGAUCCCUGAGGACCUCGCUGUCCACGUGUCUCGAUGUGACCAUGAAAACCUGACGCCAUGUUUCCUGUCGAAGGCGGCGGCGGCGGCUCUGCUUAGCGACGUCAGAAAUCUUCAGAGAGACAAACGGCUGUGGGAGGCGGAGCUCCAGGAGUGGCGGGCCGCUGUGGAGUCGGAGCAGGGCGACCUCGAGUACAGGUGCUCAGAAAUGGAGGUUACCAUGGAGACACUGAGACAACACAACGCUCACCUGCAGGACAUGCUCACCCAGGCUUUGAACAACAGAAGAGAAGUCAAUAAUUUGGAAAGAGGACAGAACGACGGCAGGGAGACUGGAGACGUCAGUGACGAGGACAGCAAAGGAGUGGACGACGUGGACAGAGAAGAAGCUGGCGAGACGGAGACAGGACACGUCAACAAGACGGACAGGAAGCAGGAAGACGACGCAGACGGCGGACACGUCAGCGACGCAGACACGGAACACGAACGUCUCCCAGACGGAGGGGAAAUCACGCCACCCUCUGACGUGCAGACGAAUGAUGAAGAGGAGGAGGAGCUGAUGAAGACCAUGGGCGGCUGGAGCGACGAAGAACCAGAAACUCCAUCUCCCACGAUGCACCAGCACUUGGCGGCGUCACAUGAUUAUUACCUCGAGGAGGAGGAGUCCGAAGACGUGAGCCUCCAUCAGCAAAUGAGGUCACAGAAUGGACCGGAGGAGGCGGGGCUAACGGAGGACACCUGUCCGUCUGAUGGAGACGGCGGCAGCGGGACACGUCGUCCAGAGGAUCUGCUGCAGGAAACCGUCGACCGACUCAGGACGGCGAUGGAGACAGGCCGGUGGACACCGACAGGUGUCACGAAGAGGGCGGAGCUUGUGGAUGCUGCAGAGCAGGUGGGCGACUCGAUACUCCACCUGGUGGACGGUGUCAAAUGA